CUCCUUGCCUUAAGUUCAUCUACUUCAUGGCCUAUGUUGUACACCAGCCUAAAUUAGGAAAAGGAACAUACGGUUCUGUUUACAGAGUAACCUUUCCUAACGGGAAAGAGUACGCUGUGAAAUAUGCAAAAGAUGCAGAUGACGACAAAGAAGCUAAACUUAUGAAAGGAUUUAAUCACCCAAACAUAGUGCAGUGUUAUGAUUACCAUCUUUCUGAACAGCAUGGGCUGUUUAUGGUAUUAGCCCUCUGUAAAGGCGGAUCAUUAGAAGGGAAAACAUUUUGUGAAUCAAAAGCUAUUCCCUUGUUUCUGCAGAUAGCUGAUGCAAUACAGUAUCUUCAUUCAAAAAAAGUGUGGCACAGAGAUCUAAAACCUGACAACAUAUUUCUGGAUGAACUAGGCAAUAUUAAAGUUGGUGAUUUAGGUUUUGCCAAGGUCAUGCAGACUAUGGACACCGCUAGUGCCGAAAUCUAUUAUGGUUCUCUUCCCUACAUUAGUCCUCAAAUUCUCGAAAAGGGCAGUUAUACCGAAAAAACAGAUGUUUGGAGUUUAGGCUGCAUUUUCUAUGAAAUGCUAUCUGGGAAAGUCGCCUUUGAAAGUAAAGACUUGACCAAAAAAAAUCAUUAUGAAGAGUUGGAUCCCAGGUUUAGUUUCGGGAUACGUGAACUGAUUAAAGACAUGUUGCUUAAAAAAGAAAGUGACAGACCGACUUCCAUCGAUGUUUUCGCCAGGCUUGAGCUGAUUCAAGGCAAGAAGUAUGUCCAACCUUCCAGUCCGAAAAAAGCUGAGCUUGCUAUUGACUGGCCUAAAUUGGUCUCUGCAGUUCAAAGAUCAGAUUAAAUAGAAUAAUCCACAAGUGUUUAUACCUAGACUGAAAAACAAUAAUGGGGGUUUCUGAGAGAGAGAGAGAGAGAGAGAGAGAAUAAGAGAGAGAGAAAGAGAGAAAGGAGGAGGACGAAGAAAAGCUGGUUGUUUAAUUUCAUUAUAAAAUAUAUACGCUAAGAAGUAUACUUGUAUAUCGUUAAAAAUGGCUCGUUUAUUGAAAUAAUAUAAAAGGUGUAUAAUUCGGCCAUAAUAAAAAAAACAACAUUUACACAUGGGAACAUAUCAAUAUUAUUUUAUAGUCUACAUAAAAUACUAUAUUUUGAAUGAUUACAAUAUCAUUUUAUUUUUAUUUUAUAUUAAGUCAUAUAUAGCGUUUUAGUCUUUUACUAAUUAUUAUCUUGGACUUUCAUUAUAGUAGUUAUCUUCUCUUUUGAUGGAACGUCUGUAAAUUAGAAGAUUUUUUGAUAAUUAAUUAAACAUAACGCGUAGCCGAUCUUUAUCGCCGCUCAGAAUAGAAAAUAUAAGAAGAAAAUAUGUAAAUAGGUAACGACUAGUAUAAUUGUAUAAAAUGGUCUGUUUAAAAAAAAAAAAGUAUUUUCUUUUUAAAUUAGCGAAGCAGUAUACACCCAAUAUAUCACUCUGCAAAGAAGUAUAAUUAUAAGUUAGAACUUUUUAAAAGUUUAGAAUAUUCUAGUAAACAUCAAUAUUUUCUGAUUUUGUUAAUAUUUUUCAUAUUGGAACUUUCUGUAGUGUGACUUGGAAAUCCUAAUUCUGAUAAAAGAAACUUGUCACAGGUUGUUUUUUUUUUGUUUUUUCACAUAGAAGCAUUUAUAUGUUAAGUUCAGAUUAUUACCCUGAAUGAUUUAUUGAGUUUAUAAAUGUUUUUUUUUUUUAAAUACACAAAAAGAAAAGGCUACAGUAUAGCUUUGCUCAUACGAUAUAACUUGUACAUUAUCUAGUUCGUAUAGUAUGAUAUCAUUGAUACAGUUACACUUACAAUUUGUUUGUAUUACAACAGUGAUAACGUUCAAUAUUGUAUUCGUCAUUUUAGUUCUACUUAUUGCCAUUAGUUCUGUGUAAUAAAACAUAUAGUAGUAUCACAAA